GCAGCACCCAUCAAGAAAUUUGAAAUGGGCUGUUUCAUUUACAAGACACUAGGCCCAGCCCAAACUUCUCCAACUUAACCUUCAAGGAAAAUGAGAAGAAGGGCAGAAGGUAUCUGCCAUAAAUAUUUGUCAAUAAACCCUGGGACUGCAUCAAUUUUGCAAGGCAAAAGGCCAAAACCCUACUAAAGUUGCUGAAUUUAGCAUUGAGAGGAAUUGGAUUUCGAUAAGAAAAGGAUGGAUCACAUAGAAGCACUUCAACAGCAAAUGGUAUCAGAGAGAUUGAAAAAGAAGCUUAAUGAAGUCAAUACAGCUGCUCAAACCCAUCUUUCCCCUGUCCAAGACCACAUCAAUUUCACACUUCAGCAAGCAUAUUUUAAAUGUGCAUACGAGUGCUUUGAUAGGCAAAGAAAGCAAGAAGAGAUAGGAAAUUGUGUAGAACAUUGCAGUGUCCCAGUUGUUAGUGCUCAGCAACAUUUUGAGAAUGAGAUGUCCAAGUUUCAAGAAAGGUUGAAUAGGUCUCUGAUGGUCUGCCAAGACAAAUUUGAGGCAGCUAAGCUCCAACAGAUUGGCUCCGAUGCUGUGAAUGCUCUUGAGUCAUGUGUGGACCAGUCAAUCCAGGAUACCAUCAAGACACUGCCACAUCUAGUUGGAAGGUUGAAAACAUCUCUCUCUAUCAGAGAUUAAAAACUAAGUCGGUAGUUUCACAACAAUAUUUCAAUCUUUUGGUAGUUAUUAGAUCCCUGGUUAAACAAUGAAGAUUGGCAAGGCAUACAGUUGAAAUGCACUGUAACUUUUGGGGCAUGAUGAGAUAAAAGAAGCCAUGUAUUGUUUUUUGCUUUUUU